GCGGUUCGCUAAAAUAUCUCUAUACGCUACACAGUUGAAGCGGUUCGCUUUUUCUCUCCAUAAAUUGGACUAGAUUUGACACUUUCGCAUAACGUAUGAAUAUUAACAAAAAUUAGUUAUGAUUUCAUAGAACAGCCGUCAACAUCCUGACUGCAGGUUUUAUUUUGUCUUUAGCAGCCGUGUGAUCUUUCAAAUGCUCGUUUACAGAUUUCAUCUAUGUCAUUUCUGAGGGUGAACUCUUGUCUCCCUGCGAGCAGCCGUCACAAGAAAAAUCGAGAGCUAGAAGUGAUGGUUCGUUACGAGGAGAGAGCACCGGAGGAGGAGCGUCUAGUGCCGGGCGCGGCGCCAGCGUAAACAACGCGACGCUACUGGGCGCUUGCUGGCGGUCCCGGUGGGGGCAGUUGUAUCGCCGACGGUCCCUGCCGCUGCGGCGGCCACGUCAGUUGUGGCGCGCACGCUGCCGACGCAGGACGCCGACCACGUGCGAGCCAGAACCGGCGGCGGGACACAGCAAGGUGAAAUGCCUGAAACAUCAAAUGAAUCGUCCUCGCCUUUGAUUGGAGUGAUAAAUGAAGGCACUGAUACUGCAAGUUUUGUGGUUAUCUCCCCAGACACUGCAGAGGAAAUUGCAUAUCAUUCCAUAAAAGUUAGACAUAUAUGCCCACGCGAUGGCUGGCAAGAACAGGAUCCAAUGGAACUUAUUGGAGCUGUUAGAGAAUGUAUCAAUAAAACUAUUCUCAAAAUGGAAGCACAGAAUAUUGACAGCCGUAGGAUAGUAACAAUUGGAAUUACAAAUCAAAGGGAGACUGCUGUUCUAUGGCAUUCAGUCACAGGGCGGCCACUUUUUAAUGCAAUUGCAUGGUCAGAUAUCCGUACAGCUUCAAUAGUAGAUCAUGUUUUGGCAAGAGUUCCUGACAACAGCAAGGAUGCUUUGAUGCCAUUAUGUGGACUUCCAAUUAGCCCAUAUUUUAGUGCACUGAAAAUUAGGUGGUUGAUAGAGAAUGUACCUGGAGUGAGAAAGGCAAUUAGGGAACAAACAUGCAUGUUUGGCACAGUAGACUCCUGGAUAAUAUGGAAUUUGACUGGUGGCAGUGAAGGUGGUUUGCAUAUAACAGAUGUGACAAAUGCUUCUAGGACAAUGCUUAUGAAUAUAGAAACUCUUCAGUGGGAUCCAAUACUGUGUAGGUACCUGCAAAUUCCUAUGAACAUAUUACCUAAAAUUCACAGUUCAUCAGAAAUAUAUGGGUAUAUAACAGAAAACCCACUACGAGGAAUUCCAAUAUCAGGGAUUUUAGGGAACCAGCAGUCUGCAUUGGUUGGAGAAAUGUGUUUGAAAGAGGGAGAGGCAAAAAAUACCUAUCGGUCUGGCUGUUUCCUCAUGUACAACACCGGAACAACACGAGUGCAGUCUAGCCAUGGAUUAGUGACAACAGUUGCCUAUCAAAUGGGCAAAUCGGCUCAACCAGUUUAUGCUUUGGAAGGUUCUGUGGCAGUAGCUGGAGCAGCUGUUAAGUGGCUGAAAAACAAUAUGAAUCUAAUAAGUACGUUUGCUGAGUCAGAGAAAUUAGCCGAUGAAGUAAGGACUACUGGUGAUGUUUAUUUUGUUCCUGCUUUUUCUGGACUUUAUGCACCUUAUUGGAGAAAAGAUGCUCGUGGCAUCCUCUGUGGAUUGACGCAGUUUACUACAAAGUGCCAUAUUAUUCGAGCUUGUUUGGAGGCUGUCUGUUUCCAGACACGAGACAUAUUAGAGGCAAUGAAAAAAGAUUGUGGAUUUCCUCUGAGGAAACUGAAAGCUGAUGGAACAAUGACACAAAAUGAUUUGCUUAUGCAGCUUCAGGCUGAUAUUUGUGGAAUCCCUGUUGCCCGCUCAAGUAAACGUGAUGUCUCUUCACUGGGAGUGGCAAUUGCAGCUGGUCAGGCUGAAGGGAUUGGUGUUUGGAAGAUCUCAUAUAUCAGCCAGAGUUCACAUCCCAGUAAAAUUUUUGAACCGCAUGUGUCUGAUGAAGAACGGGACCAUAGAUACAACAAAUGGAAAAUGGCAGUUCAGAGAAGCCUAGGAUGGGUCACAACAAAGAAAUCUGUUGCAAUGACAGAUGAACGAUAUCGACUCCUUGCUUCGAUUCCAGCAAGCCUUUUCCUCAUGACAAGUAUUGGUUUGCUCGUCCUAGCCAGGGAACUUGGCAGAUGACAUCAAAGCCGACAGUUAUGCCUUUGCAGAUACUAUGAAUCUUUUAUGUAGUGCCAGUGUCUUUUUUCCCAUCUGUAGCUGUUGCAUGACAGUAAAGGUUGUUAUAAUUUUUUGUACAUUCAGCCACUAUUGUACAUAUUUGCUGUUAAAUUUUGAAAUUUUAUUUUUAUGUUUUUAAAUUAUUGAUGAAAAAUAAAGUCUUUACUCAGUUAUAA